UCUUCCCACACACCAAAGACAUACAGUUCAGGUUCCCCCGUAGUUUGUAAUUAACAGUAAUACUGGAGGGGACCAGUAAGGUCAAGACUAAGUAAGCCUGAAUCCAUGUAGAUCUUUCUUCAUUUAUUAAUUUAGCUGAUUCCUUUGAGUCAAAAAAUGUGAAUUUUGCAUAUUAAAGGACCAGUAUGUCAGUGGUUUACUCAUUUACAGCAGGGUUUCUUCUCUUCAUGGAGCAAUUAUAAAUAUCAAGUUUGCUCUCAUAAAACACCAUAAGCUGUCACUUUUCUGUAUGUUUUAUUAUCUGAAAAGUGAUAUACUGUAAUUAGCAAUAAUUAUACAGUUUCAGACUCUGUGUGUGUGUGGUUGGGGGGGGGUGCAAAAUGGACCACAAUGUUUAAUGUGCUUAUACCACCAUGGGGAGCCCGUGAGCUCGGGGCUCCACGCGUUCAGUUCGUGUUUUUCAUUUUGCUCAGUGAGGUCAUAUCCUGUUUUUGUCCAAAGAAGGGACGGUUGCAGGGGCGAGGAUGGAGAGGCUCAUUUUUUCUGCUCUUCUGCUCACUAUCUGCCAUAGUGAACCUCAAGAUCUUCAGGGCAAGGUCUUCACCUUCCCAGUGGAGUCUAACACUGCCUAUGUUAAAGUCACCCCGGAUGUGGAGAAGGACCUUCGCGCCAUCACGGUGUGUCUCAGGUUCUUUUCGGACGUCGACAGGGCGCAGAGCGUCAUGUCCCUGGCCGCCGUUUCUCAUAUUAACGGUUAUGGGCUGUACACUCCUUCGACGAGCUACGGUAUCGACGUCUGCGACAGCGCUGCGUUUUUCUGGGGUCUUCCCGUCCAGCUCAACGAGUGGGUGUCCCUCUGCGGGACCUGGGACUCGGCCACAGGGCUGGCCCAGCUCUGGGUGAACGGGAAGCCGAGCUCCAGGAAGGCUCUGAGCGCAGGCAAAGCCAUCGCGGGGAAGCUCAGCAUCAUCCUGGGGCAGGAGCAGGACACGCUCGGCGGGGGGUUCGACAUCAAACAGUCCUUCGUCGGUCAGCUCGCCGACGUCCACAUGUGGGACCACGUCAUCUCCGCCUGUGAGAUCCAGCAGUACAUGGACUCUUUGUCAUUUUCGCCAGGAAAUGUCAUCAACUGGCGCAGGAUGGAGUACGCAAAGUAUGGAGUCGUUUUUGUGGAGGAGAAACAGCCCGGAUCGUGUUGAGAAACGGAGAAAAUACGGCUCGCGAGUCAUACGUUUCUGAAGGGGGGUGUCUUUUAUCGCCGAAAUGCUGCAAAGACACUUCUUCAUUCUCAUUAUUAUUACUAUUAAUUCAUGACUUGUCUUCUGCUUUUCUCCAAAAGGGCUUAACAUCUCAAAUGGAACAAAGAGUGGGUAUUUUUACUGGAGUAAUUCAAGGCAGGCGCCUUACCUUUACAUUUACUUUUUAAAUAUUACAGUAUUUCUAUUUCCUAUCCCUUUCCAGUGAGUAAGAAGGAGUGACAAAGCUUUGAUAUUCAGUAGUCAGAAGGUGGGUGAUCAGCAAUACUAUUGAGCGGAGUUAUAUACAAAUACUGGGGAGGGGGGUCUUUUUGAACACUGGGGGGACAUGUUCCUCUGCCUAAGAAUGAAAGAAAUGUGUUACUGAUUACUAACAUUUUGGCUCGACCCGUAGGAAGAUAAUUAUCCUUAUUCAGUCGCAUUAAAAUGUGCAAAAGUGCAUUGCAAUAUGCAGAAACUCAAUAAAAGCAUUUGCGUAAAA